CGUGAGUAUCGUAUAUCUCUGUUCUGGUAUAAUCUUGGUGAACAAGAAAAAUAAAAUUUCAAAAUUUGUAUCAGCAGCAUAACAUGUCAUGGGUUUUUCUCACCAAAAACCCUUUCCACCGUUUUAUUCUCAAAACUUAAAAUCUAGAAUAUUAAUUAAUUACCAAUAGCCAUGACUGUUUCAAGAUUUUUACACUUUUCUUCCAAACACCGUUCCACCCGUGAAGCUCUCGCUCUUCUUCUUCCCAGGCGUGUUCCCUCCAACAAAACUCAAUCUGUUAGAUAUUCAAAUUCUACAAAACGUGAUAAACCAAGACAUGAUCUUCAUCCUGUAUUUCCUUCACAAUCUGAGGGUUCUCGCUCCUCCUCCUCCUGGGGAGCUAAAACUGUUGCAGCUGUUGCUCUAGGGUUUGCCGGGAUUGCGGCUUUUUUUCAUUAUAAUGAUGAGAGGAGAGUUGUUCCAAAAGGCGAUCAGCGGGAUAGCUGCAGUAGAAAUAUAGUCAGUGGACCUAUAAUUGGUGGUCCUUUUACUCUGGUUAAUAAAGAAAAACAGACGGUUACAGAACGCAAUUUUCUUGGUAAUUGGAUCCUCCUGUACUUUGGCUAUACCUCAUCUCCUGAUAUUGGGCCAGAACAAGUUCACCUUAUGGCAAAGGCAAUUGAUACCUUAGAAUCAAAACAGAAUCUUAAAAUUCUGCCAGUAUUUGUUACCAUUGAUCCUCAACGUGAUACUCCCUCACAACUCCGUGCAUACCUUGAAGAGUUUAGCUCAAGAAUCGUAGGAUUAACUGGAACAGUUGCAGCUAUUAGGAAGAUGGCACAAGAGUAUCGUGUGUAUUUUAAAAAGGUAGAAGAGGAUGGAACUGAUUAUCUUGUUGACAGUUCCCAUAACAUGUAUUUGUUGAACCCUGACAUGGAAGUUGUGAGAUGCUUCGGAGUCGAGUAUAACGCUGAGCAGUUGUCAGAAGCUAUAUGGAAAGAGCUGAACAAAACACCCUUGUGAUACUUUAGAGUAGGAAUUUUGUGCUUUAAUUCACUACUGUUUCUAAGAGCCAACAUUUUUCUGUUGUUGCAUAAAAAGAAUCUUAUUUUUCAUUUCUAAAGGCUGGGAUGUUUAUA